GCCAUCCUCGAUCCUGGCACGCCGCUGCCCUCCGAGGAGGAGGAGGAGCCCGCUGCCGCCCCAGAGGCUCCGGCUGCGACGGAGCCGCCCGCAGAAGCCGCGGUGCCACGGGAAGAGGCGCCUGCAGCCGAAGCCGAGGCAGUGCCUACAGCGCCGGCGGCAACGAAGGAGGAGGAAACGAGUGCCCCCGCCGAUGCAGGCGGCCCAGCCCCAAAGGCUGUCGUGGCCACUCUCGACGUGAUCGUCGGCAAGAAUAAAGUCGGCCAGCUUCGGGUGUUGCUGCCCCUGGGCUUGGAUCCUGACUUGGAGCAGCGCCUACAGGCGUGCGCCGGACCGGACGGAGGAGCUGUAGACUUCCUGAGCCCGGGUGCCCUCUGCGGCUUCGGAGGUCAUGAAAUCCCCGGAGUGAAGGAGAAGGAGAAGGAGAAGAAGAAGCAGAAAGAGGCAGAUGCAGGUGCCCCUCCCGAGAUGGCUGCAGGGCUGCUGCCCGUCGCGGCGCCAGAGGAGACACCCGCAGCUGCGAACGGAUUCCUUUCGGCCGGGCUUCACUCCUGUGCAGGGCUUCUGACAGCGCCCCGGAGCGGCGGAGGGUUAGCGCUGACCCUGACCGCGCAGCCUGCGUUGGACUCCACGCACCGCGUGCUGGGGCCUGUGCUUACGGGACGUCGCUGCUUCCGACGGCUGGAGGCUAUGGCGCCGCUGUCCUUUGAGGCCCACCCGCGCGUGCCCAUCUUCUUGCAGCUUCCGAAGACGGAGGAGGAGAUUCCGUCAGGACCUCCGGCGCUGCUGCGAUUAGAGCUCUUCCCUGAAUCCGCUGCGGAGCCCUUCGCGGAGGAUCCAGAGAAAGAGGGCGACGCCUUGUCGCCGGAAGAGAUCAUUGACUUGGCAGACGCUGAGCUCAGCGGCCGAGAUGUAGAGGUUGCCGAACUCAAGCUGGCCACGUUUAGUCGGGAGCGGCAAGAGGGAGUCGACAAAGUGGAGCAGGCGCUGGACUCGAUGCUCCGAAGGCUCGAGAGCCUUGAGGGCUUGGACGAGACACUCUCAGGCCAGCGGGUAUGGGUGCAGGAGGGAAGCAAUCGCUUGCUCCGCGUGCUGAAGAAGCUACACUGA